GAUUAGUGCCCAAGCCUGAUAAGCUGCAGCUGCCGUUCGCAACCGCCGCCUUCAGUUCCAUUUAGAAUUCCGAGACGUAUACCACACGAGCUAGCGGGAGUCGCGAAAUUUGUUAUCAAGAUGUUCAAAUCUUAUCAGCUGGUUCUAAGCAUGGCUCUGCUGUUUGGAUGUCUUAACCUUGAGACUAGAUCUUUUGCACGAAAUUUCCAUACGAAUCUUCGACGCUCCAACUCGACAUAUGUGAAGCCGGCAACCAACUAUCAGCCGGGAUUUAAUAGUACCCGACCCCAUGGCGCAAGAUUCAAUGAGACGCGAGUUGUGCAGCCCUUGCAGACCAUCCCUCAGUUUGGAGCCCAUUACCAGGGAACAGCUCAACAACCGAACAUAGGCUUCCACGACAACUUCGUCGGUUCUGGUCAAUUCCAACCCAGCGGCACAUAUGGAUUCGGCCCGUUUUCAAAUGGUACGACACAUGGGAAUCAUACUUAUGCCAGAGGUGGACCGUCCAACGGCACCUAUCCCUACGGGAAACUAUUCAAGCUUUGGUAGGAUCAAACAUAGCCACAACUUAAAAUAAAGCAUCACUUUGAAUAACAA